UAUUCUUAAGCUGUGACAAUGAAGGGGACUCGCAUUAAAGGUAGUCAGGGUGUGCAAACUUAUGCGUUCACCUACGUGUUCAACAUGUAGGCUAAUUACUGGGGAAAUGACAACAUAGGUUUCAUUUUAAAGCUCGUGGUCUCUGAGGGAUGAAUUGGAAUAAAUUAAAUAAAUAACUAUGAAUAAAUUGUGUGGGGACGACAUAUUGAAAAGGUCCGGUGCGCGCGCGUGUGUUGUUGGUUACUAAGCAACUUACUCGCGCCCCACAGCUGCGUCACUUCCUGCCAAACCAAGCGCGAGUCAGAGACGAGUCUGUUCACGCGCAGGCAGCUGAGGAGCUCCAUCACCAUUAGCGUGUGUUUACUCAUUAAUGUGCUAAAAAACUGUAUAAAUGUCGUGUUUUUUUCGGUUUUUGGAAUACUUAUAUCAGCGUUUCGUUGAUGUAGAUACUCGGUUUAUUAGUUACGUCGUAAAAACAAGUUUGGACGGAUGUUGGAUAAGGUGCGUUACCGCGUAGCGGGACUAACAGAAAUGAAAACCGGAAUGUGUCAGGAGACGGUCCAAGUUGUAAGUCUGUAUUUAUUUGGGGUUUUGUUCAUUUUUACAAGUUCAAGUUUGUGUUUUGUUUCUUCUUCUUCUUUCUUCUGGUUGUUUCUGGAGACAUUGGAGAAGCUCUUGAUGCCACUUGACUCCGUUUUCCAGAACCGAAGACGCACCUGAGAGGACACCGUUCCACCUUAAACACACCUUUCCACCUUAAACACACCGCACGUGCUGUAGAGCAGUUCGAAAAAGUCUCGUGUGUCGUAGCGGUGUAUGGGACGCGAAUUAAUGCUGCUCGAGUGCCGCGCGAUCAGCAUGAAGAGUGACACCCAGGACUGGCGACGCCACGCGCCGCUCCGGAGCGCCCGGUAGCCGCGGCUUUGUCGGUUCUGCGUGUGCAUGCGCGUGCGCGUGACUGCUUGCUGAGGUGGGGCGGGUGGGGGGGAACGGACAGAGGUUAGGUGAGCGCGAGGAUGAGCGCGGACCUGGAGCGCGUGUCGUUGAGCUCCUCGUCGGCGGGCUCGUUGGCUUCCAGCGCGCGCUCGCUCUCCGCCAACGUGCGCAAGCUGCACGACGCGCUCAACCUGCUCCUCAGCGAGCUGGAGCGCGAGCAGUUCGUGCACUGCCUCAACGUGUACCACGCCAAACGGAACGUCUACGACCUGGUCCAGACGCUCAAAGUGAUCCUCGACGCGCCGAGCAAGCGUCAGCUGCUCCCCAUGCUGCGCCUGGUCAUCCCGCGCUCCGACCAGCUCCUGUUUGAUCGCUACACCUCCGAGGGACUCUAUUUGAAGUCAGAUUUGCUGACUAGUAGGAACGGGGAGCACGAGAACACCGCCUCCAGCUCUGCUGAUAAGACCGCGCUCGCGCGCUUACCUCUGCGCGGAUCCCCUGAUCACCAGAGCACCGCCAGCGACGGGACAUCCACUGCGCUCGUCCCGCUGCUGGGCAGACAUUUCCUACCUGAACCCCCAGGUGAGGUCAGACAGGUGACCCUGAAGCGCCACAAGAGCAACGAGGGUUUAGGCUUCAGCAUCCGUGGCGGGUCCGAGCAUGGAGUCGGGAUCUACGUGUCUCUGGUGGAGCCCGGAUCCAUGGCCGAGAAAGAGGGCCUGAGAGUCGGCGAUCAGAUCCUCAAAGUGAACGACAAAGUGUUCGACAGGGUCACACAUGCCGAGGCGGUGAAGGUGCUCAAGGGCAGUAAGAAGCUGUGCAUGUCGGUGCGCUCCAUGGGCCGCAUCCCAGGCGGUUAUGUCACGAAUCACGUGUACACGUGGGUGGACCCACAGGGCCGCAGUGUGUCUCCUCCUCCAGACCUGCUAGAGCACCACAGCGCUACCCUGAACAGAAACAUCGGCCAACAGCGCAGCCACAUGCAGCUGCUCCAGGACGGAGACGAGAAGAAGGUGAAUCUGGUGCUGGAUGAUGGUCGCUCUCUGGGUCUGAUGAUCCGCGGAGGAGCCGAAUACGCUCUGGGGAUCUACAUUACUGGAGUGGACCGAGGUUCCGCAGCAGAGUGUGGCGGGCUAAAGGUGGGUGAUCAGAUCCUGGAGGUGAACGGGCGGAGCUUCCUGAGCAUUCCUCACGACGAGGCAGUGCGUGUGCUCAAGUCUUCACGUCACCUCAUGAUGACCGUGAAAGACGUGGGACGAUUGCCGCAUGCCCGCACUGUGGUGGGAGAGACCAAGUGGAUCGCCAGCUCCCAGAUCACAGAGAGCUCGGCCACCAGCAGCGUAGCAGGUCUUUCUAUGGAUCAGGGGGCUUCAGCCUCAGGAAAGACGGGUUUUUAUAAAGGAGUAGCCGGUUCGCAGGUGACUCUUUCCAGUCUGGUGAACCAGAGCAGGGCCAUGCUGGACGAACAGGCCAGACACCUCCUAACUGAGCCUGAGAGACAGACCAUGAGCUAUUACAUCCAGGAAUAUCGCAACGGACACAUUGGAGUCGAACAGCUGGUCAUGGCAUUGUUUGAGCUCCUCAACACACAUGCCAAGUUCUCGCUGCUGUCUGAGAUGCGCGGGCUGGUCAGUGCACAAGAUCUGGAGAAUUUUGAUGCACUGGUUCUCCGUAGGGAGAUUGAAGCUCUGAAGGCUCGACAGGGAGCAGCUGGAGGAGCAGCACUACACACAGACUCCUUCUCAAUGGUGUCCUAUCCCGACACACUGGCCUCCUCCUCAGGCAGCUACAUGACCAGUACCACACUCAGCUCCGCACGGAACGACAGUGCGGUGGAGACUAAUGGAGAAGACGCCCAGGAGAGUAGAAACGCCCUUCCCGACGUCUCUCUGGAUGAGAUGGGGUCAACCUCAGAAUCCCCACCGUCCUUCAAGCCCCCUCCUCCCCCUCGCGUACAGCGCCGCCCCAGCCGUAAACCCGCCCCCAGCAAACGCCCCCCAUCUGACUCCUCUAACUCUGACCUGCACUUCACCACCCCUUCCCACUCGCCUAGCAAAAACUACACGCAAUCCAAACACCCUCCCGAUGGCCCAAAGAAAGAGCCUCCAUUGGCUCAGCUCUCCUUGGUGAGCCAGCACUUGAUUGGUCCUUUCCCGCGCGUUCAGUCCCCCAACAGAUUGAAACCCCCUCCAGCACCGACAGUCCCAGCUCCUCCAGCUCCUCCUCCACCCUCGAGUCCAGAAAAACCCAAAACUACUCCCUCAUCCCCGUCCUCCAACCAGCACUUUGUCAUGGUGGAGGUGCACAGGCCCAAUGCAGAGCCUGACGUCAACGAGGUCAGACCACUUCCCCAGAGCAGAGGAUCCACCCUGUCUCAACUCUCCGACAGCGGACAGACGCUGAGCGAGGACAGCGGGGUGGACAUCGCAGAGUCGGGACGCCUGAGCAAGGAGAGCAGUCCACGUCCUGCCCGAACUCGGCCAAUGAGAGAGAGUGCGGGGGGAGGGGAGGGGAGCGCCGUGAAACCGCCCGGACUGCUGGAGCCCAUGUCAACUCUGGUGCGAGUGCCGAAGAGCGCCAGCACUCUGGGUAUCGCUAUUGAAGGAGGAGCCAACACACGCCAGCCCCUGCCCCGCAUCGUCACCAUACAAAGAGGAGGCUCGGCUCAUAACUGCGGGAAGCUGAAGGUGGGCCAGGUGAUUCUGGAGGUGAAUGGGAUCUCUCUGAGAGGACGAGAGCAUCGAGAAGCAGCCUGCCUCAUCGCUGAGGCCUUCAAGACCAAAGAGAAGGACUACAUUGACUUCCUCAUUACAGAAUUCAAUGUGGCGUUGUAAGAUCUCUCAGGCCUUAAAGAGGACGACAACUUAAACUCUUUUUGGCAUGAAGCCAUCACUAGUCCCCAGCAGGCUGAUCUUCUCUUAUCAGAUAUUGUCUGAAGGCAGACACAUUCUCAGUGUAGAUACUGUAUAGCGCCACCUGGUGAACCCCAGUGUUAUCAUUUUGAACAUGGCAAACUGGUACAAGGCACUGUCAGUCUGGUCACGACCAUAUCUUUGGAUGAUACUUGUAUUUACUUGGGUUUUUUUUUUUUUUUUUUUUUACACAGGUCCCUCCUUAGUCAUAAAGCAAAUUGUAUUCAGUGUCUGUCAACUUUCAGCUCAUUCCCCAAUGUCGGAAUUUGCUUCAUUAACCAUUAUAUUACCUUCAGCUCUCAGAUUUCUAGAAGUUUAUAAAAGAAUACAGCCCUUGUCAUUAUUUUUGGGAUCAUAAUGCAAACCUAAAAUACUGGCAUUAUAUAUGUUCUGAGUAUUCAGGACUAUCUGCACAGGCAUUCAUUUGAAUAAAUGUAUUCUGAAGACAUGUGGUUAGACAUCCAUUCAAAUGAGCUCCUUUUAUUUCCUUCAAAAGCCAUACUGCUCAGGACAGAGAGAUUUUCACAAUCAAAUGCAAUUAGAUUUCACUAAAAGGCUUCACAUAUGAUAUUUAGUAGUAAGCGUGACUGGCAGGACGGCAGAACUUACAACAAAUGUGUUUCCUGUCGUCUUGUACGGUUCUGCGGAUGUGUGUGAACCUCCAGGACAGGGUGUUUAUGUAUCAGCUAAUCCGUCAUCUCUAUGAUGGCAGUAAAUUCGAUGAAUCUAACAUUGCACUAGAUUUGCUUUUGCCGUUCUAUUGAAUGUUAAUUAUUCGCAUAAGGAAAGGUCAACUGUCAGAUACACGUUUAGAAGCCACGACUUGAGUUGUCUGUUGUUAUACUUCCAUGCCUAGAAUCUUUAUUUGCUUGCUAUAUGUUUAACCGCAAGGUGACUUGUGUGUUAGUCUUUUUUUUUUUUUUUUUUAAUGCAGUUAUAUGAGACAGGGACACAAGUGCAUAAAAGCAGUGUGUCCGUUAUUUAGGGCAAGUCCAUUGCAGUGGUCAGAACAACAAACCAGGAUAAAACAAACAAAGUCGAAACCAGAAAGGCUUGGACUUAGUGAGACAGAAAGCCAUGAUAAGACUCCGCUUUGAGAUAACGGAACAGGCUGGUAGAAAUAGACAAACUAUUUAAAGACUAAACACAGAACAGGUGCACACAUUAGGUAACAAAACAAUGCCAGACAGGGCUGGAGAGAGGACCAAAACAAAGGCGCACGGCUAUGUAAACAAAAAGCACAUGGAGUGCGCGCGAAACAAGAGACGAGAGUAGUGCAUGUCACAUACCGAGAGGGAAGAGUGACAGAAAUGAUCAUCUUUGUACGUUAAUACAUCUGCGUAGUCGUCGUACGGUGAACCGAAUCGCUCCUUGGUUGAUGUGCGUAGUGCAGCAAGUACAGGUUACGGCGUCGAAGUGUCUUUCUAUUAUAAAGCGAAUUAAGUGUAAUGUUUUUAUACCAGAAUGUUUUGGUUCCCUGGUGGACUAGUGGUUAGAAUGCGGCGCCACGGCCCGGGUUUGAUUCCCAGUCACUGGAAGGUUGCGCGAGCCAGUGCACUCUCAGUUCCAGUCCCAAGCCUGGAAUAUGGGGAGGGUCGCGUCAGGAAAGGCAUCCGGUGUAAAACUUGUGCCAGGAUAAAAAAAUGCACACGGCUGAUGCAUACGCUGUGGUGACCCCGAACGGGGCCAGCCAAAAGAGGGAGCGAAGAAAAUCGUAAGUAGGGAUUCUUUUUUGGUCCACCGGGCCGACGGAUGAGAAACUAAUAGCCCAGACAUAAAAUCUGCUUGCAGGGGGCCUGGACUAGUAAUUUGUUCCCUUGUGUGUUUUGAGUGAAGUAGCCUAUUUAUAUUGAUAAAUAGUGUACAUUUACACCAUGCCUUAAGAAAUCCGACAGGAAUUUUUAUGCUUUACUCGAUCUUACAGCUAAAUACUGUUUUAGUCAUGCGGCUACUUAAAGAGAGGUCAUAGGACGAAACCAUGGGCUCAGAAAUCCCACGAAAAUAAACUGGGUCAAAACAGGAAGCAAGUAGCUCAUGCCUAACCAAAUUAUUAAUAUGCCAGUGUUCUACCACUAAUAUACACUUGUAGAAUACAGAAUAGAGCGCUCACAUUCCUACACAAAUAACUAGUCAAAGCUCUUGACGAAAGGGGACAGAACACCUGCUCAUCUGCUCCCGGCAGUUUCCUGUAUGAAAAGAUUCUCUCAUAAUCACACCUUUAUUGCUCGUCAGCAUGGCUCAUUUCUUUGUUUAUGCUG